GGUGGGGGGGCAUGCAGAUUGUACAGAAUAUAUCACCCAAAAUUAGAUAUACAUACACUGUAUCAUCACUCUGGCUUGUAAUGAUUAGUGUAAUUAAAUGUCUCCUAGUGGAUAUCUGCAUUGUUUCUUAGAUGAGUCAUACAAAUCAAGCAGGCUUGCCACUUGGAAAUAUAAAUACUGCGAAGGGAUCGUCCCCUCCAGGCGUGCGUGGGACUCGCGCAGGCGCAUCCAUCCCAACUGACCGACUCUUUCCACGGCCGCGAGAGCUGGUUCAGUUCAGUUCCUUAAACUGGCGUGAAACAAAAACAUCUGAAUAAAACCAAUCGGAGAACAACGAUUAGACUAUUAAAAUAAGUCAUCUGUCGAUGUUGGGCUGAAGCAAAAGGAGAGAAACUCUGCAUUCAAGAAGAUUUGGUGCCAGUCCUUUAUUUCCCCCCUGACUGAGCGGUGAUAAAAAUGAAGGGGAAUUGUAGCCGUAUCCUAAUUCUGCGUCUAAGCUUGCAAGGAAGGUCCGGGUCACGGACGGGCUGCAGCCUCGUCUCCCUAGAGACCGAGGGUUGUGCAGCUCCCAUCUCCCGGCUCAGUGGAACUGCAGCUGCUUUGCAACCUGGUCCCCUGGCAGAGCUGUCUCCUCCAGGUAAAUCAGCAACCCGAAGGGUCUCCCUGCUGCCUGCACGAGGGAGCGGUGGGCCCAGACUUUGUCCUCUGUCCUCAGGGGCAGAGGUGAACAGCGCUGGGACGGGACUCAGCCUUGAGGCUUCGCCCUUGCAUUGUCGUCUGGCGCCGCAGGGGAAAUGUCUGCAAGAUGGAAGGCGCUGUGGGCAGCUGGGAUUGCCGCCGGGCUCCUGGCUUUGUUCUGGAGAGACAUCUUUAACCCAGAAACCAUCUCCGGCGCCCGCGUGCUCCUGACGGGUGCCAGCGCUGGGAUUGGAGAGCAGAUGGCUUAUCAUUAUUCCAGAUUUGGUGCCGAAAUAGUGCUGACAGCCAGGAGGGAAGCUGUGCUGCAGAAGGUGACGGAGAAAUGUCUGCAGCUGGGAGCCAAGAAGGUCUUCUACAUCCCGGCUGAUAUGAUCUCCCCUGCGGAGCCCGAGCGGGUGAUGCAGUUCGCUGUGCAAAAGAUGGGGGGCCUGGAUUACCUGGUGCUGAACCACAUUGGUGCGACCCCUUUACAGAUGUGGGAUGGGGACGUGGAGCACACCCGCUGGCUUCUGCAGGUGAAUUUCCUUAGUUACGUGGCCCUGGCGAUGGCUGCGCUUCCGGUCCUGAUGGAGAGCAAAGGCUCCGUGGUUGUGGUGACCUCCAUCUCAGGGAAAAUCGCAACCCCCUUCGCCACUUCCUACUCUGCCACCAAAUUUGCCCUGGAUGGGUUCUUUAGUUCCUUGCGCCAUGAGCUCGCCAUGCAGAAGAAAGACAUGAGCAUCACUCUCUGCGUCCUGGGGCUGAUCGACACAGAGAUGGCACUGGAGAAGACAAGGGGCCUCGUGUACAUGGAUGCCCUCCCUGCCACCGAAGCUGCGCUCGCCAUCCUCCGUGGUGGUGCCACGCGGGCGCGGGAAGCAUUCUACCCCUGGUGGCUGGAGCCCCUGUGCUACGUGCGGGGCUGGUUCCCCAGCCACUGGGACUGGGUGGUACAGAGCUUCUAUAACUACACCAGUGCCUGAGCAGUGCAGAGCCAACACUCCCGGCCCCUGCCCACCCAGGCGCUGGGCCUUCUGCUUCCAUCAGGCCCAAGCUCAGUCACAGGCUUCGGCAGGACCAGGAUCAGGACCUUGAAAUGGGAACGUGUCGGGGGCCGAGCGUCCAACCCUCAUGCUAGCUGUGACCCCUUCCCUGGACAGCUGAGCCCCUUCUGCUCCCUCUCUGCAUCCCCCCCCUGGGCCCAAAGGUCAGUUCUGUCUCAGCCUCAGCCUCCCACAAUCCCACCUCUGCUGUCUGGCAUAUAGCCGAGGCUCUCCUCAACUCCAGCCUCCAGCCUCUCGCACCUGGGGACAGAAUCCACUGCUCCCCUCACGCAGGAAGGAGACCUCCCUCCCACUCCUGUCUCCACCUUGCCGACAGCCCCCAGCCUCAUGGGAUCAGGCUCUGAGCCCUCUUCCAGCCCCUUCCCGAAGGGUCGAGCCAGGCUCUGGGACAGGGGUUCAGGCCAGUCCAGCAGAGGCAACAGGAGGGACACACUCACCUUCUAAGGUGGGUACUUGGCCCGUUUCAGGCCCUGAGCAAGCUCCAUCCACCCUUGUCUUCCCCCUCCUCCGGGGAUCCCCUUUGGGAACACUGCCCUGAAAUGUGGGGCUGUCUUGGGGUGGCAGCAGGGAUGCAGAGGACCCAAAACACCCUUCCAUGCCACAGAGGAGCAGGAGGAUUCUCCCAGGCCUGUGCCCAAGCCAAUACCACCCUCCACCCCAAGCUGCCAGGGACAGAUCCAAAUCCCAUUGGGGAUUUAAAGGAUCAGGACAUGACAAGCAGACAGCAGAAGGGCCGAGCACCCGCAACCACCAGUGACCCCCAGCAUUUCUGAAUAGCAGGGGCUCCUUGUGCAAGUCGGGGCUGCCCAGCCACCACGAGGUGGCAGCAUCCAGCAGCCGGCACCAGCUCACCUGCGUGGCAUGGAAAGCAUCGGCUCCCUGCUCCUCACCUUGCCCUGGCACUGCAGCUGCAAGCCUCAUCAUCCCCAUGUCCCAGCGACUGGACUGGGAGCCAGUGGUCAUGCCACCCCUCUCCAAUAAAGGGGCUGUUUCCACCUGA